AUGGAUCCCCAGCCCGGUUCCUCGCUGCCGAGGAAUAGCCCUGGGCCGAACUUCAGCCGACUGUCCCGGCCUUCUCCCGGCCGUCGAUGCGUCAGUCAGGUGCGAGCUGGGCGGGGCCGCGGGGCCGUCAGUGCUGGGGAGCUGGGGCGAGCUGGCACGGCUGCAUGGCACAGGUGGGCCGAAACCCCGACAGCCAAGAACUAUACACAUGCACACCAAACACACACACAGCAUCCCCCGCCAGCCCGGCCUGACACCGGCAUUGAUCCCUGGAAGGCUCAAAAACGCCUUGUGGGGCAAUAA